AUGACAGAACGCCGCCUACCAGUCAAGCAACUGGUCAUUCUGUCAAUAUGUCGCUUCGCCGAGCCCAUUGCCCUGACUUCCGUCUUCCCCUACAUCCCCGAGAUGAUGGAGAGCUUCGGUGUACCAGAGAAUGACAUCGCGCGAUGGGCUGGCUUCACCUCGGCCGUCUUCUCCAUCGCGCAAGCGGUCACGGGCAUACCAUGGGGCGCCGCCUCCGACCGAUUCGGUAGAAAGCCCAUCAUUCUCAUCGGGUUGUUCAAUACCAUGGUCUGCAUGCUUCUGUUCGGCUUCUCGACGUCGCUUCCAAUGGCCAUCACCGCUCGCGCGCUACAAGGACUGGGAAACGGGAACGUGGGCAUAUUGAGGACGACAGUGGCAGAGCUGUGUCCAUGGAAGGAGCUACAACCCAGGGCGUUCAGUAUCAUGCCUCUGGUCUACACCAUAGGCGCCAUCUUCGGCCCAACGUUGGGCGGGGCUUUAUCGAACCCUCUAAGAGUCGACCCACGUCAGCCUCACGGCGGCUCAAUCUUCGAGAGAUUCCCGUACAGCCCCCCGAAUCUAGUCGCAGCGGCUUUGUUCACCCUCGGUAUCAUCACGGGGUGGCUAUUCUUGAAGGAAUCUCUCGAAAAGCGGAAGCACGACCGUGAUCUUGGCUUGAUCGUUGGUAGCAAGAUCACCGCUUUCGUUCGCAAAGGAUUACACAUAUCUAAGAAGCAAAAGAAGAUCCACACUGAACGGGAACCACUGCUGGGACAAGCGAAGGUGGCCAAUGACGAAGAAGCUACUCCCAAGGGGACCAACGCAGCAGUGGACGAAGGGCCUCCAAGAAUCCGCGACGUACUAACGUAUCAGACCAUCCUGAACCUGGUCGUAUAUACUUUGCUAGCUUUCUACACUCUUGCUUAUGAUCAGGUAACACGCACUGACCUAGUCCAGACCCCGUUUGUUCACUGA